CGCUUGAGCGAUCGGGUUCAGCAUUAUUAUUUUUUUUUUCACUUGUUGUUCUAUCCUGCAUUGGUAUAGUUUUGUUUUGAUAUUGUUACGAUGAUCACGCAUGAAUGCUUCAUUAUUGUAUUUUUGUCUAUUCCUAUCGUCGCUAAUCGUCAUGGAUGAUCAUAUCAUCGUAUCGCUCGGUUACAUCCGACCGGCUGGACGUUUUCGUUCUCCGGUUGCAUCCGCAGUCUGCGUCGAACGUUUCACUCGGUUCAUUCCCCUUGCAGAACCGAGAAUUCUGCGUGGGUAUCGCAGUCAUCGACUGGUAUUCUGGCGGUCUAGCUGCCGCCCCUGAAAACAGGGGUAGUCGAUCGCGGUGCGGCCGGAUAUGGGUUUG